GCUCACCGCAACGUGGAGUUGUUUACCUCCUCGGUUAGCAUCCGAGUGUUUAAAAGUCUUAUUCAGACACUCAAACAAGUUUCUGUUGGAUUAAAACUCGGCCGUAUGCCUGGAGGGAGACAUGGGGAAGCCAAAGAAAAAGAGUGAACUCAGCCGAGCGGAGCUGAUGAUGAUGACCAUCGCAGAUGUUAUUAAGCAGCUGGUUGAAGCUCAUGAGGAAGGAAAAGACAUCAAUCUGAACAAAGUGAAGACGAAGACGUCAGCCAAGUACGGACUGGAAGCUCAGCCUCGCCUGGUGGACAUCAUCGCCGCCGUUCCACCUCAGUACCGCCGUGCUCUGGUGCCCAAACUCAAAGCCAAACCCAUCCGCACCGCCAGCGGGAUUGCAGUUGUGGCUGUGAUGUGUAAACCUCACCGGUGUCCUCACAUCAGCUUCACAGGAAACAUCUGUGUCUACUGUCCUGGAGGACCCGACUCCGACUUCGAGUACUCCACACAGUCUUACACCGGCUACGAGCCGACGUCCAUGAGGGCGAUCCGAGCGCGGUACGACCCGUACCUCCAGACCAGACACCGAGUGGAGCAGCUGAAGCAGCUGGGCCACAGCGUGGACAAGGUGGAGUUCAUCGUGAUGGGCGGGACCUUCAUGGCGCUGGCCGAGGAGUACAGAGACCACUUCAUCAGGAACCUGCACGACGCCCUCUCCGGACACACCUCCAACAACGUGGCCGAGGCCGUCAGGUACUCGGAGCGCAGCAACACCAAAUGCGUCGGCAUCACCAUCGAGACGCGGCCCGACUACUGCCUGAAGCGCCACCUCAGCGACAUGCUGGGCUACGGCUGCACGCGGCUGGAGAUCGGCGUGCAGAGCGUCUACGAGGACGUGGCCCGCGACACCAACAGAGGUCACACGGUGCGAGCUGUGUGUGAAUCGUUCCACCUGGCGAAGGAUGCCGGCUUCAAAGUGGUCGCCCACAUGAUGCCGGACCUGCCCAACGUGGGCAUGGAGAGGGAUGUGGAGCAGUUUAUUGAGUUCUUUGAGAACCCGGCGUUCAGGCCCGACGGUUUGAAGCUGUACCCGACGCUGGUGAUCCGAGGAACGGGGCUGUACGAGCUGUGGAAGACGGGUCGCUACAAGAGCUACUCCCCCAGCGCUCUGGUGGAUCUGGUGGCCCGGAUUCUGGCGCUGGUGCCGCCGUGGACCCGAGUGUACCGGGUACAGAGGGACAUCCCCAUGCCCCUGGUGAGCUCUGGAGUGGAGCAUGGGAACCUGAGGGAGCUGGCCCUGGCCAGGAUGAAGGACAUGGGCACUGAGUGUCGCGACGUGAGAACUCGAGAAGUCGGCAUCCAGGAGAUCCACCACAAAGUUCGGCCGUACCAGGUGGAGCUGAUCAGGAGGGACUACGUGGCCAACGGCGGCUGGGAGACCUUCCUGUCUUACGAGGAUCCGGAGCAGGACAUCCUGAUUGGCCUCCUGCGGCUGCGCCGCUGCUCUCCGCAGUCCUUCCGCCCGGAGCUGAAAGGGGGCGUGUCCAUCGUGCGCGAGCUGCACGUGUACGGCAGCGUGGUGCCCGUCAGCAGCCGGGACCCCAGCAAGUUCCAGCACCAGGGAUUCGGCAUGAUGCUGAUGGAGGAGGCGGAGAGAAUCGCCAGAGACGAGCACGGCUCUGGAAAACUGGCUGUUAUCUCAGGUGUAGGAACCAGGAACUACUACAGGAAGAUGGGCUACGAGCUGGAGGGGCCGUACAUGGUGAAGAACCUGUACGGUGCUGACAUGAACUGAAACUUUUUGUUAUCUGUGGACAUUAAAUCCAGCAUCACGGUCACGCACAAAAUAUUUAUCAAAACAAUCCUCCUGGGACAUGUCACCUGAGCCUGUCUGCAGUCAAACAGUUUUUUUGUUUGUUUGUGAUCAGUUUGGUUCUUCUGUUUUUUUUUUCUUUUUGUUUUUUGUUUUUUAAUCUGCUGUGUCCGGUUUUACUCAGAUUAGACGAACUGCAGAUCAAAGCUCUUUCAUGCGAAAGUUUUAAUCACAAACAUCCACUUUUGUUCAAGAAUAUUUACUAAAAGUCGGUGAUAACAUGUCUGAAAUGUUGCAGGAAAAAAGAAACCAAGGUCUUUUUAAUGUUUUUUACUAAAACAUGGAUUUUUUUUUUUCACAUUUUAAAUGAAAUGUUUUACUUGCAGAAAGAUUUUUACUUUGCUCAUCCUGAUAAAUAAUACUGAAUUCUGA